UUUUAUAAAAAUCAUCAUGAAUUCAGUGGCUGGAAAUAAAGAGAGAAUUGCAGUCACAACCAGAAGCAGGAAAUACGGGGUGACCGAGCCCUGCUCCCCCACCAAGCCCGCGGCCCCCUUCUCCCCCGAGAGCUGGUACCGGAAAGCUUACGAGGAAUCCCGGACUGGGAGCCGCCCAGCCCCAGAGGGAGCCGGCUCCGUCCUGGGCUCGUCCGGCACCCCGUCCCCCGGAUCGGGCACCUCCUCGCCGGGCUCCUUCAGCGGCUCGCCGGGUCCUGCCUCCCCGGGCAUCGGCAGCAGCUCCCCGGGCUCGCUGGGGGGCUCCCCGGGCUUCGGCACAGGCUCGCCGGGCUCUGGCAGCGGGGGCGGCUCCUCCCCGGGCUCUGGCAGCGGGGGCGGCUCCUCGCCGGGCUCCGGCAGCGGGGUCUGGUGCGAGAACUGCAACGCCCGCCUGGUGGAGCUGAAGAGACAGGCUUUGAAACUGCUCAUCCCCGGGCCCUUCAGCAGCAAGGACCCAGCUUUCUCUUCGGUGAUCCACGACAAACUCCAAGUUCCCAACACCAUUCGGAAGGCAUGGAACGAGAGGGACAACAGAUGCGAUGUUUGUGCUACCCACCUGAACCAGCUGAAGCAGGAGGCCAUUCAGAUGGUGCUGACGCUUGAGCAGGCUGCCAACACCGAACAGUAUGAUGCCUCACCAGGCUCUCCCCCACCCCUCUCCAAUAUUCCCACCUUAGUGGGUUCCCGACAUAUGGGCAGCUUGCAGCCCAGAGACUGGGCAUACAUGCCCACUUCCUACACUACUGCUAAUUACACAGGCUUUGUGGCCAACAAGCACAGUGGGAAGCCCAACAGCCUGGGGAUCGUCAAUGGGUUGGAGAAGAAAAAUGGUUCCCCUGGACACCAGGCCAAGGUCAGCCUACAAAUGGCUACCAGCCCCAGCAAUGGCAACAUCCUAAACUCUGUAGCUAUCCAGGCUCAUCAGUACCUUGACGGCACCUGGUCCUUGUCGAGAACAAAUGGGGUCACCCUGUAUCCGUACCAGAUCUCCCAGCUGAUGACGGAGACCGGACGAGAGGGACUGACUGAAGCAGUGCUGAACCGCUACAAUGCAGAUAAACCCUCCUUGUACAGCUUCCCUGGUUCCCAGAGCACCUAUGUCGCCAGCGAAACAUCAACGGGCACCUCAGUGGCGGCCUCUUUUUUUGCCAGAGCUGCUCAAAAGUUGAAUCUGUCGUCCAAAAAGAAGAAACAUAGGCCAUCUACAUCAUCUGCGUCUGAAUCUCCUCUCUUCUCUACCAACUUCAGCAGUAUCCUUCAGACUUCCCCACCCCCUGCACCACCAUGUUUGCUGAGGGCAGUCAACAAAGUGAAAGACACCCCAGGGUUGGGCAAGGUGAAAGUCAUGGUGCGCAUUUGUUCCACCCUUGCCAGGGAUACGUCUGAAUCCAGCUCUUUCUUAAAGGUUGAUCCCCGUAAGAAGCAAAUUACUCUGUAUGACCCAUUGUCCUGUGGAGGCCAGAACACCUUCCAGAAAAGGGGCAAUCAGGUUCCCCCCAAGAUGUUUGCAUUUGAUGCAGUUUUCCCCCAAGAUGCAUCUCAGGCUGAAGUGUGUGCUGGGACGGUGGCUGAGGUGAUCCAGUCAGUGGUGAAUGGGGCAGACGGCUGCGUGUUCUGCUUUGGCCAUGCGAAACUGGGAAAGUCAUACACCAUGAUUGGAAAAGAUGAUUCCAUGCAGAACCUAGGCAUAAUCCCCUGCGCCAUCUCAUGGCUCUUCAAGCUGAUUAAUGAACGGAAAGAGAAGACGGGGGCCCGCUUCUCAGUCCGGAUCUCUGCAGUGGAAGUGUGGGGGAAAGAAGAAAAUCUGAGGGACUUACUGUCAGAAGUAGCUACAGGCAGCCUGCAGGAUGGUCAGUCCCCAGGUGUCUACCUUUGUGAGGACCCAAUCUGUGGCAUGCAGCUUCAAAACCAGAGUGAGCUCCGUGCCCCCACUGCGGAGAAGGCUGCCUUCUUCCUCGAUGCAGCGAUAGCCUCCCGCCGAAGCAACCAGCGAGACUGUGAUGAGGAGGACCACAGGAACUCGCACAUGCUCUUCACUCUGCACAUCUACCAAUACCGAAUGGAGAAGAGCGGCAAAGGUGGCAUGUCCGGAGGUCGCAGCCGCUUACAUCUCAUUGACCUGGGUAGCUGUGUGAAAGUGCUCAGCAAAAAUCGAGAGGGAGGCUCCGGGCUCUGUCUUUCGCUGUCAGCACUCGGCAAUGUCAUCCUUGCCCUCGUCAACGGCAGCAAACACAUCCCAUACAAAGACAGCAAGCUCACCAUGUUGCUCCGGGAGUCCCUGGGGAACAUGAACUGCCGUACCACUAUGAUAGCUCACAUUUCGGCAGCGGCAGGGAAUUACGCUGAAACGCUGUCCACCAUCCAGGUUGCAUCCCGGGUCCUGAGGAUGAAGAAAAAGAAAACUAAGUACACAUCAAGUUCUUCUGGAGGUGAAAGCUCCUGUGAAGAAGGAAGAAUGCGGAGGCCAACCCAGUUGAGACCCUUCCAUUCUAGAAAUGUAGUUGACCCAGACUUCCCUAUUCUGCACCUAUCAAGUGAUCCUGAUUAUUCUUCCAGCAGCGAACAGUCCUGUGACACAGUGAUUUAUGUUGGCCCCAAUGGCACAGCCCUCUCUGAUAAGGAACUGACAGAUAAUGAAGGCCCCCCUGAUUUUGUCCCUAUAGUUCCUGCUCUGCAGAAGACCAAAACUGAGGGCAAACUGGAGGAAGUAAGUGAGACAGACUCCAGCCCGUCUGAGAGAGACUGCCUGAAGUGCAACACCUUUGCUGAGCUUCAGGAGAGGUUGGACUGUAUCGAUGGCAGUGAGGAGAGCAACAAAUUUCCAUUUGAAGAGCUGCCUGUUCAGUUUAGCGCAGAUCAGAUGUCUAAGUGUUCUGUGCCAAGCCAAGUGGCAGGUCUCAGUCAUUUAUCAGCAUCGGAUAAGGAAGAUGCCACCGCCGACUGUCAGCAACCUGAGAAGGAAGUCAGGGAAAAUAUAAAUGCAACAACCAAUAAAAUUCAGAGAAAUCACUCCCCUGUUCCUUCUGGAGCUCUCACUAACAUUUCAACUCCUCCUUCUCCUAGGAGCGUAACUGGCAGCUCGAGUAAUCAGCUUAGCUCUUCCCAGUUAGCCCAUAGCACAAGCCUGCAGAGCAGCAGAGAAAGCCUCAAUUCCUGUGGCUUUGUAGAAGGCAAACCUAGGCCAAUGGGUUCACCGCGGCUUGGCAUUGCGAGCCUCUCUAAGACAUCAGAAUACAAGCCACCAACUUCUCCUUCCCAGAGAUGCAAGGUUUACACCCAGAAAGGGGUAUUGCCCAGCCCUGCACCAUCACCCCUGAGCAAGGACUCUGGAAUGGUGUCUAGUGAAUCUUUGCUGCAGCCAGAGAUCCGGACCCCUCCAGUGGGAAUGAGUCCUCAGAUCUUGAAAAAGUCAGUAUCCUCCAGCAGUGGGGAUUUUGGAGAGACCAUUCUCGAUGAAGAGCAGGAACAUAAUAUUUCACCAGAAUCAAAGAAGGAGAUUCUGAGUACCACCAUGGUCACUGUGCAGCAACCAUUAGAGCUGAAUGGAGAGGAUGAGCUGGUGUUCACCCUGGUUGAAGAACUAACUAUUAGUGGGGUCCUUGAGAAUGGACGCCCGACCAGCAUCAUCAGCUUUAACAGUGACUGUUCUGUGCAGGCUUUGGCCUCUGGGUCUAGGCCAGUUAGUAUUAUCAGUAGCAUUAGUGAAGACCUUGAGUGUUACUCCAAUGCAGCUCCUGUUUCUGAGGUCAGCAUAACACAAUUCGUGCCGCUUCCAAAAUUAGGAUUGGAUGACAAAGCCCGGGAUGCCAGCAGCAGACGCUCAUCCAUUAGUUCGUGGCUGAGUGAAAUGAGCACAGGGAGUGAUGGUGAACAAUCAUGCCACAGUUUCAUAGCCCAGGCAUGCUACGGGCAUGGUGAGGCUAUGGCAGAGCCCCCUAUUUCUGAGUUUGCAGGUGCCAUACAGAAUACUAGCAUGAUUUGUGUAAAUGACAAGCAAAAUUCAGUGACUGACAAUUUGCUCAUACUGUCAGAAAUGGGGGAGGAAACUUUCAGUAAAGUCCCACCCCUCAAGGGUUGCAAAAUAUCAGCCCUGGGGAAAACUACUGUCACAAUCUCAAACACAGCAAGCCUAAGCAGUUGUGAAGGCUACAUCCCAAUGAAGACCAACAUUACUGUUUAUCCAUGUAUUGCUGUUAGUCCUUUUAAGGCACAAGAGACAGAUGAAGCCACAUCUGCAGUAACUUCAGCUGCUAAAGUUGCUCAACCCCAUGAGGAGAAAGAGUCUAAUGUUAGGAAGGAAAUCAAAUUUGAAGACCCUUGGCUAAAGAGGGAAGAUGAUGUGAAAAAAGACAGUUCUGGGGCCAGCGAUGGGCCAAGGCUGGAAACUGCAGUUGGUCCAGCCAACCCUGAGCAGAACAAGAAACAGAACUCAGCUGACAGGUUUAGUAGCAGCAGUGGGGAGACCUCUAGCUCCCCAGGCUCUGAUCCUCUGAAGAGGAUUGUGGAUGGGUGUGAGAUGGCACUUCCAAGUUCUGCAACCCAGAGCCCUGUUCAUUCCCUGGAUGCUUUGAAGAAUGGCAGUCUCCCUAGGGUGCUCCAGAAGGUCAGCAAGCAGGAGGAAAUUGAUGCUGUCCUCUAUCACUGUGCUGCUGAGAACAAUGGAAUGGGUUCUCCUUCUCUUUCCCAGUCUUGUAAGGCUACCCUAGAAAGAAGAAUCGCUUCUCCCAAGCACUGCAUUCUCACUCGCCCCAAAGGAACUCCUCCGCUGCCUCCUGUGAGAAAAUCAAGCCUGGAUCAGAAGAACAGGGCCAGCCCUCAACACAGUGCUUGUAGCAGCAGCACUAGCAGUCCAUCCAACCAACCAGUGUCUUUUCCGGCCAGCUUUCCUGAUGAGCUGAAUGGGAAGCAGAAGGGCUCCAGCAUCGACACCAGUAACAAUAGCAGCAGCAAGUUAUUUAGUGCCAAACUUGAACAGCUAGCCAGCAGGACCAAUUCCCUGGGCAGGUCCACUGUGAGCCACUAUGAGUGUUUGUCGUUGGAAAGAGCAGAAAGCCUAUCUUCAGUAAGCUCCAAAAUGAGCCCUGGAAAAGAUACCACCAUGCCUAGGGCUGGGAGGAGUCUCAGCCGCAGUGCGGUGUCCUCACCAACAAACUCAGGCAUAUCCCAGUCUGCAGGUGCCUCCCCAAAGGCCAGCCAAUCUAAGAUAUCCGCAGUUAGCAAACUCCUUUUGGCAAGUCCCAAGGCCCGAAGUUUGUCUGCUUCCACCACCAAAACAUUAAGCUUUUCUACCAAGUCUCUGCCUCAGUCUGUGGGGCAGAGUUCAAGUUUGCCUCCCAAUGGGAAGAACAUGUCCUGGUCAACUCAGUCCCUUAGCAGAAACAGAGGCUCUGGUCUUGCUUCAAAACUGCCCCUCAGAGCUGUCAAUGGACGGAUUUCUGAACUGCUCCAAGGGAGCACGAGUGCCAGAGGUUUACAAAUGCGUGGAAACUCGGACACAGAUGAGCGAGGUGGCCUUCAUGGAGAUGAGAAACCAGCUGUUCAUAUGCUGCCUUCACCCUACAGCAAAAUCACCCCUCCGCGGAAGCCUCACCGCUGUAGCAGUGGUCAUGGAAGUGACAACAGCAGCGUCCUGAGCGGGGAGCUGCCGCCAGCCAUGGGGAAAACAGCCCUAUUCUACCACAGUGGGGGAAGCAGUGGUUAUGAGAGUAUGAUGAGAGACAGCGAAGCAACAGGGAGUGCUUCUUCAGCGCAAGACUCUAUGAGUGAGAACAGCAGCUCUGUCAGCGGGAGGUGCCGAAGUCUCAAAAAUCAAAAGAAACGCUCAAACACAGGUUCUCAGAGACGAAGACUCAUCCCGGCUUUGUCACUUGAUGCAACCUCCCCGGUAAGGAAACCUGCCAACAGCCCAGGGGUUCGUUGGGUAGAUGGCCCACUGCGAAGUGCACAGAGGGGGAUGGGUGAACCCUUUGAGAUCAAAGUCUAUGAGAUAGAUGAUGUGGAGAGACUCCAACGGCGACGAGGAGGGGACAGCAAGGAGCUGAUAUGCUUCAAUGCCAAGCUGAAAAUCCUGGAGCAUCGCCAGCAGAGGAUUGCUGAGGUCAGGGCCAAGUACGAGUGGUUAAUGAGGGAACUGGAGGUGACCAAACAGUACCUGAUGCUGGAUCCUAAUAAAUGGCUUAGUGAAUUUGACCUGGAGCAGGUAUUCGAGUUGGAUUCCCUGGAGUAUUUGGAGGCCCUGGAGUGCGUGACUGAGCGUCUGGAAAACCGUGUCAACUUCUGCAAGGCCCACCUCAUGAUGAUCACCUGCUUUGAUAUCACUUCCAGACGUCGAUAAAGGACCAACCUCGAGAAAAUUUCAAACUACUACCCCCCCCUUCCUGCUCCUUUUGAACAGCACCCCAAAGACAACAGAAUGAGGAUGAAGGUUGGUGUCAAGUUUUGACUGUGUGAGAGAGAAGAGAUUUUCUUUAUAACACCGAAGAAUAGUAUUAAAAAAAACAAAUAUGCGAUGAACGCAACAAUGCUGAGACGUAAGGAUGCCGAUUUUCCUAGCCUGAAAGAGCACUUUUAAGGACAUGUUUGUAAAUAAGAACUGCUGGCAGAAGUGACUUCUUCCCCUGUGUUAGCUGAGGGAGGGGAAGGGAUGGUUGUAGGAUGGACUGCUGUUGAGAGCUUCAUAAAAAAAAUAUUACAGAGAAAGACUAUUUAAGUGCCUUGCAAAUCUUUAUUAUCCAAACAUUUAUGUUCAUACUUUCUUGUGUACAUAUGGUGCUAGUCAAAGGAAACAAAAUCAAACAUUUUUGAAAUGUAUUUACAGCUUGUUUUUUCUCUCGGUGUUUUCUCCUGUUUCAGACUUGCUGUUUCUAAGUAACUUGUGUUUGUAGAGAUAUUUCCUAAUCAGUACAGCAUAUGAAUAAAUGUUAACUGUCUUUUAUUGUUACCGGAGUAAGGCCACUCAAAGAGAACAUUACCUCUCCCAGAUGGUUUGAAAACUGUUUCUGGCAGUGAGUGAGGUUAGAUUGCACCCUCUUUACUCUUAAAGUGUUUUAUCUGUUAAAGAACAUUGUGAAUAUUACUGCUGGUAGAGUUUUACAUGGUACCAUGGAAGAGGAGAAAGAAAACUAUUGCAAAGCAACUACUGCAAUAUGCCUUUCAUUUGAUGUAACUCUACCAUUUGUUCUCCUUUUUGAUAUACUCUUAGCCUUGUACUGGUGAUGCCAGAGAUAUGGUUGAUGAGACACUUUCCUCUCAACCCCCUAUUUUCAGGUACUAAUAACUUUCUUGAAAAUUACCCUUUAGACUGAGGUUCUCAUGCUUACUAGUCCAAAACGGAAUGAUUUGUUUUGGAGGGGUGGAGAUGAAAUAUCUGGUGACAUUUAAUUUGAUCAUUUCUUGAGUUAUCCCAUUUUUAAAACAUUUUUCAUCUGCUUUUUUUGUGAUGGAUCAUUCCAGAGUCAGGGCUAUAACUGAGGGGCACAUGCUCUGCUCAGCUGUAAUUGCUCAAGAAAUAAACAUAGGUUAUAAAUGAGUGGACACAGCAUUGUGGGCAUGGGGCGUACGUCCCUUUCCAUACCAAAUUAAGUGCCAAAUCUUAGCCCCACUAAUGUCAAUGGGUCCCAGCUCUGCAUGUGCGAAGAAAUGCUGUUGUAUUUAUUUCAAUGCAUAUGUGAGCACUUCCAUUUUAUAACACAUUGAAUUAUUUGGCACGGUCUUUUUUGUUUAUUGAAAUAAACACACGCACAAAUUCCGCUCUCAGUUACACCUGGGCAAUCCUGUUGUAGUCAGUGGAGUUAUCUGGGAGAAAAUAAGGGCAGAAUUUAACCUAUAUUCCAAUAUGCCUCUAAUCAAUGAUUUAGAAAUGCAGUCACAUUCUAUAGAUAAUAGUUUUAUAUAAUACCUUCUAUAUAACAUUAUUAGUGUAUUACCUAUGGGCCUGUUAAUGUCCAUGGUGAAGUUCCCAUUGACUUCAGUGGUGCACGUUUGGAUGUUGAUUCUGCAGUGAACUCCAUGCAAGGGAACUUUUGGACAGGGCCCCACUGAAGGAGCUUCACACGGGCACAGGGGCCCGCCUACGUAGAGCUCUUUCCAGGAUCAGGGCCUUAGGCGGAAAGCUCCUUGGGACUCAAGAUGUCUUACUUUGUGGGCUUGGUGCUUCCUGGACACAUACAUCAAGCCCUUUGUUUGUAAUGCAUCAAGCAAACUGAUGGCACUAAGCUAAGAAUUAAUAAAUAACAGAAAACUCUACACAUGCGCAUGGAACAAUUACUGUGGAUUUCAUAGAUUCCUAAUGUGUGCGCAUAUGAAAUCCCAGCUAUUCUGUUGUGUUACUCUAGCUUUAUGCAUUUGCAUAAACUCUGUUCAUCGAGCAGGGAGUGGCUGGGAAGCAUAAUUAUUUCUCAGCUGAAAACAAGUUGCGUGAUGUUGGUAUCUUGCGUGUGUACACAAUAAUGUUAGAGAGCUACACACAGAUUACAAAUGGAAAGCAGUAUGUUAAAAGCUAGCAAAUACUAGAUGCAGACAAAGUCAUAUCACAUGGAGAUAUACCUAUCUCAUAGAGCUGGAAGGGACCUUGAAAGGUCAUCGAGUCCAGUCCCCUGCCUUCACAGCAGGACCAAGUACCGUCCCUGACAGAUUUUUGCCCCAGAUCCCUAAAUGGCCCCCUCAAGAAUUGAACUCACAACCCUGGGUUUAGCAGGCCUAAUGCUCAAACCACUGAGCUAGCUCUCCCUGCAAAAAGUCAUUGAGUCUAGCUCUCUGCCUUGACUAGCAGAACCAAGUACUGAUUUUGCCCUGAUCCCUAAGUGGCCCUCUCAAGGAUUGAACUUGCUACCCUGGGUUUAGUAGGCCAAUGCUCAAACCACUGAGCUAUAGGUUGGCAAAUAGUAAACACACAUCUUAAUACCUGACGUCUGACUUGGUGAGUAGACUGUAUUGUCUUCUGGCCCCCAAACUUUUACAUAUUGUCACAUUUUGCAAAUCACUUGUAUGGAUUUAAGCUUCUGUACAUCAUUUUUCAUCACCUGGGUGCGCACGUCAGUUACAUAGUACAGUCCCAGUUACCUUCACUAUUUAGGCUCAGUGAUCAUGAAAGUUACUGUCUUGAAUGCUAUGACCAUAUGUUUAGCAGUGUUACUGCUGUAGGUUCUAAGACAUUACAAAGAAGUCUUCCAUUUAUCUAACAUGUUCGCAGUAUUGCUGUAGCCAUGUAGGAUAUGAGAGAGACAAGGGUGUUGAGGUAAUGUCCUUUAUUGGACCAAGUUCUGUUGGUGAAAGAGAUGAGCUUUUGGGCUCCACAGGUCUGAGUUUCCAGCUCUGAAGAAGAGUUCUGCGGAGUUAACGGUAUCUCUAGCAAUCCUUUUAAAUUAUAUAUUAUGUACUAGCUUAACUUUGUUAGUCACAAUGGGCCAAAUUCAUCCUUCAUGUAGCUCCAAUGAAGUCAAUGCAGUUACAACAAGGAUUAAUUUGGCCUUUGGGCUAAGAUCAAGUGUUUUAUCUACUGAGUGUAAUCACAGAGCUUACAGAUAUUUUACUUAUGGUACAAAGACUUAGUUAAUGAGGAUUAACAAUUCUACCCCCCAUCAGUAUUGCAUGCAAAAAUAUAUAUGGGCCUGCUUCAAGGUCUACUACUGUACUUUUGAGAAUUAAUGCAUAAAGGGGAAUGAAAAUCUGCCACACUUUUACAUCUGAAGCAUUUCUGCCUAGGUGAAAAUAGCUUAUUAUUUUGGAAUUCACUUGCCUCCAUUUUUAUAUUUCAGAUAUCAUUGUAGGACACAAAAUGGAUCAUUCAGAAAUAUUUAUUACCGUAUUACUGGAAUACCCAAAAAUUCUACAAGCCGCACCCUGGCAAUCCCACACUUUUUAGCAGGUGCCAACAUAAAUGCUACUCUUACCUUGAUUUUAAAAGACAAUAGGAAGUAUCUUACUUCUCCAUGUGCAACUUAAUAGAAUGCCAGGAUUUGCAUACUGGAACAUCUUUUCAAAUGAACGGAAUGACAGGAUGUGAGCAGCACAUCCAGCCAUCCUGGAUAUGUGCAUUCGCUGGAUGUUUCAGGUAUAGCAACUACCAGGUGAAUGUAGCAAUGUUGGCUGUAAUUAGGUUUCAAAGGGAACAUUCCGUUAACAUGAAUGGGAGGUGGUCACAGUUCUCUAAUUUCAGGUUUCUAAGUGAGGACUGAAAGAGACAUCAAGGUCCUGGCUUGCAUUGCCAUGGCUGUCCCUGGCACUGGAAGGAUAAGACAUUUUGGGUCUAAUUCUGAAAUCACUUACACUCAUAUACAUCCACUACCUCUUUAUUUAUGUUUGUGUGGGUAAGAUCAGGCCAGCGCUUUUCUUUUCUUAAAUCAAAAUCAGACCUGGAAACCUCUGACUUUGGGGAAGUUUGAAUCUGAUCUGAAUGUGGACACCUCAGCUGGUCCCCUACGUUCUAUAAUAAUGGGCCACAUUAAAAACCGAGAUCCAAAUGGGAGAGGACUUUGUGGAAGGCUGGAGUGAUCACUUUAGAUACUGGAGAGCAUACCAAAGGUUAUGGAAAACCCAGUAUUUUUGAAUAAUUAAUUCAGAUAUAAGCAGUGUUCCCACUAUUUUUUUCCACCCAUGUGCAGCAUAUCGAGGUAAUGUGUGCAUGUGCGCCACCAGUAGAAACCAAAAACCUAGAUAUAAAAUAUAUUUUUAAAAAGUUACCAUAGGGAUAAUUACUCCAACCAGGACAGGUUAGGCAUUUUAGAACUCACAGAAUUAAAUUUAAGGGUAAGAGAGAGAUAAAAAUUAUGAAAUGCAUUGACCAGUCAAAAAACUAAAAUAACACACUUUAAAAGAAGUAUCAAGUAGUAACAACAACAACAAUAUAAGUAUGUGCGAAAGACAGUGUGUGUGUUUGUGUGUGUGUGAGAGAGAGAGACGUGCAUUGCCCCUUUAAGUAGAUUGGGCACAGCAGCAGCUGGCAGCAAGCUCCCUCCAUCCUGAACCCUGUUGUGUGUCCCCCCACCACUGUGUGAAGAAUAGGGUACAAGGGCAGGGGGAGAGGGACAUUCUGACAUCAGCACUCUGACCUCCCACCCCCCAAGCAGGAGGCUCCCGGGAGCAGAACCUGAAGUGUACAGCACUUGAUAGCCUGCUAGGCGGCCACCCAGCCACGCAGCUUAGAGAGAACUUAGGCUGUAAGCAAGGAUUACGGGGAGGAAAUGUAAGUGAAAACUGAUACUGGUCCUGUACUUUCCUAAAGCAAUAUUGUAUGGUUAUAAUGGGCCUGAGUCACCUCUUAUCUACAGAGGUAUAACAGAAGAGCAACUCCAUUAAAGUCACUAGAGUUACAGCUGUGUAAAAACUGGUUAAGGAAAAUAAGUCUCCUUGUAGCUUCUUCAAGUGCCCACUGACUUACUGCACUGCCAGCUGUAAAAAUGGAGAGGAUUCUUCUUUUCUUUCCUCUCCUCGUGUGACACAGCUUGAUCCUGCAAGGACUCUAUGGCCUAGAACAACUCUGAGUCUUGUCUGUAACUCUGAACCCUCUAACUUCCACCUAGAAAAAUGCUAGAGGAUUAAGAAGUGCAACUGCGAUAUCAUUUUCCUAUGAAUGAGAGAUGCAUAAAAGGCUCAUAAGGGUCUUUUCUUCCAACUCUCUUCAUGGGAAUUAGUGGUGUAUCCAGUGUCUUUCUUUAAUAUUUAUUCCAUAACAUGGUUCAUUCCAAAAUAGCAACUAUAACCCUAAACCUGCAGUCUGAACUCUGUGACAGUUGAAAGCCAUGGACCACUUGUUACAAAUGGGUCUGAUUUUGCUUUUUUGUGGAUUAAAGGCAACAAUGGACUAAAGAAACGUGUGCUCACACAGGCAGACUGACACAGAGACAUGAUGUGAUGGAGCAUGGUAGGAUAAAGGCUUUAUCGCCUGGUUGUUCACAAAUGGCAAAGACAUAAGUUAUGCAGUUCACCGUAAGGAAUACUCCACUCACCAACAUGCCACAUUUUAUAGAAAACUUAGAUAGGACCAAUUAAAAUGUUUCAUAUUUUUUUUCCAUCUAUUCUUCAACCCAUAAAGCCAGGCUGCCUUAAUUCCCAUGUGGAGGCUCCUGAGUGGCAGAAAUUUAAAAACCUACAAAAAUGACCCAAAAGAGUUUUUUUAUAUGUCAGGGUGUCAUGGAUUUAAAGUCAGAUAUCUUACAACCACCAGUGUUAAAAGUACUAGUGUACAUAGAAUUUCAAGCCUGAAAUCUUUGCUCUCCAAUAAGAUAAAGCUUGUCUGAUGGCUUGUAAAAUAGUAACCUUAAGCCUCUGACUUGAAGCAGAUUGAAUAUAGUGAACAUAAGUCUUUUAAAUCAAUGGUUUAGCACAGUGGCUCUCAACCUUUCCAGACUACAGUACCCCUUUCAGGAGUCUGAUUUGUCUUGCGUGCCCCCAAGUUACAUCCCACUUAAAAACUCCUUACUUACACACUCAGACAUAAAAGUGUGUCAGCACACUAUUACUGAAAAAUUGCUUAUUUCUCAUUUUUACCAUGUAAUUAUAAAAUAAAUCCAUUGGAAUAUAAAUAUUGUACUUACAUUUCAGUGUAUAGUAUACAGAACAGUAUAAACAAGUCAUUGUCUAUAUGAAAUUUUAGUUUUAAUGACUUUGCUAGUGCUUUUUUUUUUUUAAUGACUUUGCUAGUGCUAGUAGCCUGUUGAAAACUAGGUAAAUAUCUAGAUGAGUUGAUGUACCCCCUGGAAGACCUCUGUGUACCCCUGGUUGAGAACCACUGGUUUAGCAGAUCUGUGUUUGGGGGACAGAUUUGGGUGGCUUUUGAGGCUGCUAAGAAGUUUGGGAUGAUGGAAGUAAUUCUCAUUGUGAUGGAUUGGUGGGCAUAUGAUUUCAUACAUGAUCUGAUGGAUGAUUUUCCUUGUUUCUUAUCUACCUCAAUCUAUUUCUGUCCCCUUGAAUAAAGGCACAAAUUUAGGGAAAAAAUCCUGCUCCUACUGAAAUCAAUGGGGUUUUAGCCAUGGAUGUCAAUAUGAGCAGUAACUUCAUGUUAAUGUAAUGUUUGUUUUUUUGCUAGUAAAAGGGCCUAUGGAGUAGCACUCGACCAGAACUGGCUGAUGCCCUGUAUUUAGGGUUUGAAACAAGUUUCAAAGCAGCCACAGUAAACAAGGCUGUGAAUGAUUUGUCACCUCAUGGUUUAAUAAUCCCUGUCUGUUCCAUUUAUACUGCCCUCACCAUGUGGUUAUCUGAGCACCUGAAUAUCCACAUGCACCCUAGAAAAUAAUAAACCAUUUUAUUUUAUUGACACUAUCUGGACUUCUUUCUCCCUUCUCCAGAAAACAAAUCAGUUUCACUUUAAAAAAAAAAAGCAUCAUAGCAAAGCAACCUUUUCUGAUCUAGCUCCCACUGAAGUCAAUAGAUCUUCCACUGAUUUCACUGAGAGCAGCUCAGGCUUAUUGAUGAUGUGGACUUCAGGCUGAACAUUUAAGGUGGUAGGUGAUUUCAAAGCAGCAGGAGAAUUUGGGGUGAUUCUGUUUUAUCUAGGAAAGGAAGUAUUCAAAGCAAAACAUUAGAUAUGGGUGAUCGUCUUUGAAACUAACUUCAAAACACUCCCAGAACAAACAUUCUUUGAGUGGUCCUACUCAGAUACUGAGCAUACUUUAUAAUAAUGGUAAUAAAAUGGUGCUUGAGGCAGUUUCAGCUAUACCUAUAUUACGUGUACUCUAUAUAUGGAUGUAUUCACCUUAUAGAGCACGUGUGUGUGUGUGUGUGUGUGGGUAUUUACAUAUAACACACACACACACAUUAUGUGUGCAUAAAUAUUAACUUUUCUAAAUUUUAAUUCCUUCCCUUCCGGUAGCUGAAACUGCUGGUAACUAAUUAACAUCCACAUCAUAUUCGAGGUAUGAAGGAUAUAAUUUAUUUGUAAACUCAGGAUGUUCUUGUUUUAUAGAGUUGCUUGUAUUUUAUAAUUUAUUUACACAUCAUGGUUGGAAAUGCUUAUCGAAGUGCUAUGCAUUGAAGUGUAUAUUUGCUGAAUCCAUUUCAUUCUGUCUGUGGCUAUGUUCUUUCUCAUAGUGACAGUGUUAUAAAACUGGGUUGUGGAGUGGACAAGCCGCUAGAUACUGAAAUUAUACUGGGCCUAAGAAUGGAAACGUCCAUAAGAAGAUGGAUCAGUAGCAGAUAUAUAUUUUAUCAGCUAAAUUUUAUUAGAACGGAAAGAUUAAACAGACAGCAUGAGGACAAGUUAAGAAUCCAGAAAGUCGCAGCCAUUUGCAAGCUGAUCAUAUCUGAGUACAUUGAGCCAUUUGCCAUUAAAAAUGUAAAGUUCACUGUUUUGCUGGCUAAAAUCUCUUGCCUUUUGUGGUAUAUGAGGUGUGAAACAUAUUGUCAAAAUAUAGUGGCAUUAAAUGUUUACUUUUA